AUGCCACCGUUUUACCCUUUCCGCCCCACUCAGGCGCCGCCCCCGGUGCCUAGUAACCGCCCGGGUAGCGCACAGUCACAGGCACCGGCUUCAGUCGAAGCUACGGAGAGCGACGUCACCACGCGGCGCUACUUCUCCAACGCAAGCGGCCGCCGCGUCAACACGGCCUGCGUCGUCCUCGAGACGCUGCACUACCAAUAUCCCGACCUACACAUCGUAAUCUGCCCCGAAUUCGGAUGCAACCUACUCGCCUUCGCCGCCGCGGGACACGCACGCGCCGAGCUCCUCGACAACGAGGCAGCGCGAUUCCCGGAAUCACUCAAGUCGAAAAUCUACGUCCCCUCGCAGCGUCGACUCGAUGACGAGGAAGGGCGCCUCAUCACGCGGGUGGACUGGGGCAAGUUUGCCUACGAAUGGGGCGAUGACAAGUUUAUCGUGUAUUUGGCCGACGGGCGGGACGGCAUGACGUCGUACCCCGACGUUCGCAAUUUUUAUGUGCUCGCGAGGGAGAAAGGGAGGGCGGAGGCGUUGAUUACGGCGGCGGGGAGGUGGAGUAGUGAGUUGCAGGAGGAGGUGUGGGUGUUUGAUCAGGGGAAUUGGGAGAAGAGUAAGGAGCUGUUUGAGAGUGUGAUGAAGUCGUCGUGGGAUAAUGUGAUUUUGGACAAGGAGAUGAAGGAUGCUAUUAUUUCAGAUCACUUGACUUUCUUUGAGUCGAGGGAGUCGUAUCAGAAGCUCCGCGUACCAUGGAAGAGAGGGCUGCUGUAUCAUGGGCCGCCGGGGAAUGGCAAGACGAUUUCUAUCAAAGCUACGAUGAAGAUGCUAUGGGAGCUGAAGAAGCCCGUCGUCACAUUGUAUGUCCGGUCUCUCUCAUCGUGGGGAGGCCCCGAAUCCAGCAUCCAAUCCAUCUUUGCGAAGGCUAGACAACUUGCACCAUGCUACCUCGUCUUCGAGGACAUCGACACGCUCAUUACGCCGUCUGUGCGAAGCUACUUCCUGAAUGAGGUGGAUGGCCUGAAGAGCAACGAUGGUAUCUUUAUGGUCGGCAGCACAAACCACCUCGACCGGUUGGAUCCGGGUAUCUCCAAACGACCCUCGCGCUUUGACCGCAAGUACUUCUUCCCCGAUCCCGAUUUUAAGCAGCGCGUAGCCUAUUGCCACUUCUGGCAGCACAAGCUCGCUGGUAACAAGGAAAUCGAAUUCCCCGACGCUCUCUGUGAUGCCAUUGCCGACAUUACCGAGGACUUUAGCUUUGCCUACAUGCAGGAGGCUUUUGUGGCAGCUCUGCUGGCCAUUGCUCGGGGAGACAAGGAAGGAACAGGCGUGGCUAAUGUUAAUUCUUCUACCAAAGAAGAGGACUCACGUAGCACGGCGAGCAUGAGUGGCGUCACGAUCACCGAGGACUUGGACGAUGGGUGGGUAGGGAUUGCGACAGUUGACCAUCAGGAGUUGGAGGGGUUGGCCCUAUGGGUGGAGAUUAAGAAGCAGAUUGAGAUUCUGCGCGAGGGCAUGGAGGAGGCGGCAUGA